AAACACUGUGAUUAAUUAAUUAAUGAACUUCAGUAUCUUAUUUUUUUUCUCAAAGUUGCUAUGUACUCGUUUAUGUGUAUGGAUUUUUUUUUGCCAUUGUGCACAUUGUCUUCAGUUACGUAGUCAGAAUCCGUUAACGCCAUUAUUGUUUCAUGGUUUUAUAAAUAAUGAACACUAUCAGCAUUGGCUUCCUAAUACACGAGACAGUGAACUCCACAUAGGAUCUUAUGAUGUAGUUAUGAAGGAAAAAAAAUUAAACAGGCAAGGAACAACUUAUUUAAAGUGUCCUAUCGGUACAAAAAUUUGGAUAAUUAAAGCAAUAUACAAUCAAACCACGUCAUCUUUAAGAAAAAAUACAAAAAAGGAGAUGGCCGUUGAUGUCACCUGGAGCACCCAACGGAUGUGCAAAAACAACAUUGCUUGUACUAUUAAUUCUUCUUGCAAACUUCUUGAAUCAAAGCAUAUUUGUUACAAUAAUGAUGGUCAUCUACAACUUACAUAUACAUGUCAGAUGACAUCUAUGGAACCUUUUCCGCUUUUCAAUGGACAAACGAAAAUGUAUAGAGAAGGUGUUUCACCUGAGUUUCUUACUUUGUCAGGUAUUCAUUUUUAA